AAUACUAGGGGUAGGAGCUUCAUUCGCUCUCCUUUUGAUUAUGACGCUUCUUGUGUUGCUAAAAUUGUAUAUUCAAUCCCCAUUAUUUAAAACUUUUUAAGAAAAGUAUCAAGUCGCAAAAUGGAUAGUUUGGUAACGAUUUAUGGGUGCUUGUUUUUCGUAGGUGUAAUCGGCAACGGGACUUUAGCGGUUAAUCUCUACUGGGGGCGGGGGUCAAAAAGUCCUUUGCUUUUGGGACUUAUCAUUGCAGAUUUUUUUGUGUGUUGUUUAAGUGGUCCCAUAACUGCUGCUACAUACAGUAUGCCGCCAGAUUCACCGGUUUUAAUAGUUGCUGCUCAAUAUUUGCAGUCUUUCCCAGUAACAGCCAGUACUCUAUCAAUGAUGGUCAUAUCAGUGGAUCGGUAUUUCACCGUAAAGAACUACAGACCAAUCGGACAAGUGGCAACGAGGCGGCAAGUACUGAGCUUUACUGUAGCUGCUACCUGGCUCUCAGCUGCAUUUCUAGCAUCCUUCCAGAUCAUUUCAAGAUAUAAACAUCCAUGGAGGAAGGGACUUACGAUUAGCCGCAUUGCUCUUGUCCAUAUCAUACCAGCCUUCACUGUGAUGAUGAGCCAUUUGGGAGUUCAUGCCAAGCUCACUGCUCUAUCAUUGACUGCUAGAGCAAAACAUGGGGAGUUGCCUCUACCUAUUCCGUUAAUGAGACGGCCUACGCAUGUUAUUAUUGUAGCUGGAAUGCCUAAGGGAAGAAAACAGAUGAGUAUAUCAAGUGCUCAAGACGAAAUCGAAGAAACUCCACCACCUACGUCAAGUCUGCGAAGCAGACGACGCUUGGCUAAUUGUCUGCUCUGCUUAUCCCUGUUUUUUAUUCUUUGUUGGUUUCCUUACGUUGUUUGCCAGUUUUGUGAAGAAUUCAUGACAGGAGUAACACCUGAAUAUGUUCAACAACUAACCCUAUUUCUUGGUCAUAUGCAUUCUGCAAUCGGACCUAUUCUAUACUGGAGUAUGAACCACAAAUGGCCCAAGGGUCCUUGUAGCAGAAUUCGUCGACUUACAAUUUACAGAAGUGCUUCGUCUACCAAUGAAGCCGCUCUCGGUCCAUUUAACCCUCGCUUGGUCAGGCCCCCACCUUACAGACGAAGAUCGUCUCAAUAUCUAUAUUAACUCUGUGAUCCUCAAAUCUAUCUGAUUAAAUUUUCAGAAAAUGCAAUAUCUGUUAUCUGUAUACUAUACGAAGUCUAAAAACGCUCUUUAAACGAAACAAAUAUCACUUAAAUAAAUAUUUUGCGCCACUCAACAAAUAUUACGAAAAGAAAAUAAGCAGGCCUGAUAAAAUUAUCUACAUAUCAUUUUAAGUUCAGAGCUUAACUCCUAAAUCUAACUUAAACGACAAAAUACCUCGUAGGAUCCUUAAAAGUUACUUUUAACUUCAGAGCAAAAACUAUUUUCUGUUAACUUUUAUCGGAGUACACUCCUUUUCGGCAAUAUCUGUUUCGUUGUUAAAAUGUUUGUUGAGAAUUUAUAAAUGUGUGAUAGAACAAGGCUGAAUAGGACAUUUUAAAUGUUAGUAUUGAUGUUUUUUCAAAAGUUUUCCUCUCUUCUUUCUUCCGGAUUUCUACAUAAUUAUUUUAAAUAUUACAAGAAGCAAACAAUCAUAUGUAAACAGGUCAAUGAUGAUGUAUCUGUUUGAUGUUGACUUUCUUAGGUUUGGACCUAUUCUAAAAUUUCUUGACAUUUCUUACACGCUUAGACCUGGUUACUCACGAAGAUUUGGAAGACUUUUCUAUCGGAAUUAUGGAACAUAUUUUCUCAUGAAGAUACAACUUUGUGGUAUUAUUUUUGUAUUAACUAUCUAUUGUAUAACUUUUCACCUUUCCCAAUCUUGCUAUCUCAAAUCAAAACUAUGUACUGACAAUAAAUGUUUUGAAGUGUG